GAGGAACCUCAUCCCCGCGCUCCGGACACCCCGGGCCUCGCCAUGGCUGACCAGCUCACAGAGGAGCAGAUCGCAGAGUUCAAGGAGGCCUUCUCCCUCUUCGACAAGGAUGGAGAUGGCACCAUCACCACGAAGGAGUUGGGGACAGUGAUGAGAUCCCUAGGACAAAACCCUACAGAAGCGGAGCUGCAGGACAUGAUCAACGAGGUGGACGCAGAUGGGAACGGGACCAUUGACUUCCCGGAGUUCUUGACCAUGAUGGCCCGGAAGAUGAAGGACACGGACAGUGAGGAGGAGAUCCGAGAGGCCUUCCGUGUCUUUGACAAAGACGGCAACGGCUAUAUCAGCGCCGCAGAGCUGCGUCACGUGAUGACGAACCUAGGGGAGAAGCUGACCGACGAGGAAGUGGACGAGAUGAUCAGAGAGGCUGACAUCGAUGGCGACGGCCAGGUCAAUUAUGAAGAAUUUGUCCAGAUGAUGACCGCGAAGUGAAGGCCCCCGGGCAGCUGGCGAUGCCCGUUCUCUCCAUCUCUCUCUUCUCGCGCGCGCACUGUCUCUCUUCAACACUCCCCUGCGUCCCCCGGUUCUAGCAAUUACCACCGGAUUGACUGAGAAUCUGAUAAAGCAACAAAAGAUGUGUCC